AUGUUUGAACCUCAUACAGAGGUUUCCAGUUCUAAAUCAAUCUCAAGCUCUGAGUUUGAUAACUUUGAGUUUAGACCUCUUAUGAAUGGAGCUGAGCAAGAGACCCAAGACCAAACCAACACUAAAAACCACCUUGUUCAACCUCAACUAGAUAUUGAAGCCCAAACUGAUCUUCAACAAGUCAUUUUGGGCCAACCUCAACCAGAAGUCACAAAAUAUCAAAUUGUGCCUGAAAUACCCCUUAACCAACAACCUCGACCAUAUGAUCAUCACCUUUCUCCUACUAGAGAAGCAGAUGAUGUGUUAGAAUCUAUCACAUUAGCUCUAUCAAUUCCCUCUACACCUCACCCCACUCAAAAGCUAAACCUUCCACCAUAUGUCAUAUACUAA